UUUUGGGAUUUCCCUUGUUUGGAGGCAAAACUUGAAACUGCAAUUUUCUCUUAGAUUUCAUCCUAUAAGCCUAUGUCAGCCAGGACACUAAGUGUAGGAUAAUAACAGAUAUCCUGUGAAGCAAGAUGUGUUCUCUUGCUACAUUCCCAAUCCCAGCGCACAAUGGCUAUGUGACAGUAUGUGAGACGAAUGGUGAACUUCUUGCAGUUCCAGAGGAUACAUAUGAUGAGCAGUCCACUACACAGAGUUUGAAUUAUCCAGUCGUGACACUCUCUACAGACUCCAGGAGAUCACUGUCAACGGAAAGUGCAAAAUCAGCAUUUUUGGAGCAUAAAGAGACACUGUGGAAAAGAAUCAUGUCUGCCUGGUAUGAGGAUGGAACAACAGGGGCCCUGGAGGAAGUUGCAAAUAGCAAAGAUAUAGACAUGCAGUGGUUGUCUAAAAUUGCCUGUUGGGGUUUAGGUGGUGUCCGCUGGUGGAACUCUCUUCAUGGAUGGUAUUCCCCCCAUCUUGUGCUUUCGAGUGAAGAUAUGACAGCUGAAUUCUCAACAAAUAGAGACUGGAGUAAAAGUGAUAUUCGUUGUUUUGCCUGGCACCCUCAUACUGUCAAGUUUGCAGUUGUCUUCAAUGAUGACUCUAUCAAAGUCUACAGCAGUGGGCAAGAUAUUGUGCCCACAUUGAAACAUAAGGCUCAGAAAGGUGUCGCCACUGUAGCAUGGAAGCCCCUUUCUGCCUCAGUAUUGGCUGUAGCCUGUCAAACAUGCGUCCUCAUAUGGCAUGUUGACCCAACCUCACUUGCCACAAGACCAUCUACAAGUUCAGUUCAGAUAUUGAUGACUGAUGGCCACACCCCAGUUACCAGCCUGGCCUGGAGUCCCCAUGGUGAUCUAUUGUUAUCUGCAUCCCCAGCAGACACUGCAAUGAUGGUAUGGGACAUUGCCAUGGAGACAUGUGUGCCUUUAAGACGUUAUGGAGGUGGUGGUGUCUCAUCGUUGUCAUGGUCACCAGAUGGCACUAAGGUAUUUGCAGGUACUCCAUCUUCAUUGUUCCGGGUCUGGGAAUGCCAGAAGUGGAGUUGUGAGAAGUGGACGAAUCUCUCCGGGAAAUGUCAGGCUGCAUGCUGGAGUCCAGAUGGAGCCACUGUUCUAUUCACUACAGCAGACGAUCCAAUCAUAUACUCCCUUUCAUUCAGUCUACAGUUAGAUGAAUCGAGGCCUGUGAUUGGUGGGUCUCAAUCUGCUGUUAGCUGUAUUGACCUAUCAGAAGUUUGCUUUGAAUGUGAUGAUCGAGAAGUAAAGAUUGGAGGUACUGCUAAGCAUAUGAUAUGGGACCCUACUGGAGAGAGACUGGCAGUAACAUUCAAAAAUAAUUGCAAUGGAAGUGAAUAUAUAGCUGUUUACAGAACCAAGCUACAUCCUGUAUUAGAAAUCAUGCCAUGUGGCUUCAUCAAAGGCAAAGAUGGAGAGUUACCAAAUGACAUUAGUUUCCAGAAUGAAUUCAAAGAUGGCGCUCUACUUACAGUGGUUUGGUCAAGUGGUAGAGUCUCUCAUAUACCAUUGAUCUACAUACAUUCUGACCAAGUGAACAAUGAACACAUGCACAAUAACAAAUUAAGGAAUGGCAAUGGACAUAUGAACAACACAAUCUUGUACACUGAACACUGAUCCAUCUGGAAUAUUCUUCAUUGCCAAGGCUGUAAAAUUAUUGAUGUGGAACAAUUUCCGGAGUGGAGUGAAAUUUAAUGAAGCGGAGUACACACAACAGACUGAGACUGCCAAAAACAUUUAAAGCAAAUAAAUGAGCAUUCUGUGUUGACCAAAUGAUCAUUUUUAAAUUGAUAUUUUUUUAAAAUAAGCCACUUCAGAAUUAUCAGCAACAAGUGUUUAUUUGCAAAAUCAGUCUGCAAUGUGGAGUAUAGCUAAUAAUAAUGUAUAUCAUCACUGUGGCAUGUUGGUCUCUUCUAAGAUUAUUUACUCAUACAUUCUGUCAGAUUGAAUGUGCAUUUAUGUCACAUGCUUAUCAAUCUGGGAGAAGUAAAAAUGCAGAAAAUGCAAAUAAUGUUCUCUUAUACUUACUUAAUAAAGCAAUAGCAUUGUACAUGUGUAAUAGCAUAAAGAAGCUGUUCUCUGAUGUU